AUGCGCGUUGAUGGCAAGGUGGCCUUGGUCAGUGGUGGUGCGCGGGGGAUUGGAGCCGCCACCGCCAAACUACUGGCCAGGGAGGGGGCGGCAGUGGUAUUGGCCGACGUCCUUGAGGAAGAAGGUAAAGCGACGGAAGCCGAAAUCUCCGAGACUGGUGGCAGAGCAACCUUUCUGAUAUUGGACGUUACCGACGAAGAGAACUGGCAGCAUGUAAUUGAUGCGACCGUCGCCACUUAUGGAAAGCUUGACGUGGUUGUAAACAACGCCGGUAUCAGCGGUCGGACCACUGUGGAGGAGACCGAGGCCGAAACCUGGGACCGCGUGAUGGCAGUAAACGGCAAGGGCGUGUUCCUGGGAACCAAGCUGGCCAUUCCUGAACUUCGCAAGUCUGGUGGCGGAUCCAUCAUCAACAUUUCAUCUAUAUACGGAAUUGUUGGCAGUGAAACUUCGGCUGCCUACCACGCUUCCAAAGGGGGCGGUUCGUAUUUUCACCAAAGCCGCCGCCAUUCAAUACGCUUCUGA